AUGGGAGACCUGACAACGUUUAAGCGUAUCCAGAACUAUAUUCCAGGGCUCACACAGUACCGGUUUAAAGUGGCAAGACAGCACUCUCUUCAAUAUGGGCGUGGUACUUUACUACCCCGGCCAAGAAGCCUGAGGAUGCAAGUGGAAGAUAAACAGCUAGAUCACUUUUUGUCCUGCAUAACUAGCCCGCACGUGAUCCAGGAUGUUCCCUUUGGGCAGCGAUACCUUCGCCUCUCUUCAGGCAAGAUUCUAGAGACUCCAAGUGUCAUAAGGACAAUUAUUCCUAACAAGCUAUUAAAGCAGUACCAAGCUUAUUGUGAGGAAACAGAAUUUACCCCAUUCAGCCCAGCGACAAUGUUAAGAGUCCUGUAUGCCUGUGCGGCUUCAGUGAGAACGUCCGUACAAGGGCUCGAUUACAUUGCUUCAGAUGGUGCAAAGGGUUUCGAAGAUCUGUGUGGAAUGGUGAAUCAACUUAAGAAAAAAGGUCUUGAUAGGGAGACUCCUAAAGGAUGGGAGAUGCGUCUCAAGGAAGGCACGCAGUAUCUAAAGGCUGACUAUAAGGUACGAAUGACUGUUUAUAAUAGCGGCGCAGUAUAAUCACGCGCAAAGACGAGGUUGAAUAAAUAUGUCGUUGGAAUAACCAUGUAUGGAGAGUGGCGUUACUUAUAUUAGAUAAUCCUAUCCAAAUUAUUGUUUUAUUAAACUUACCAGACAAAUUUGGCGUAAAAUAGAUAAAAAUCGAAAUUUUAAUAGUCAAACAAUCAAAUAAUCUAUGAAUUUCUCUUUUUGAAAAGGUUCAUGUAUCUGAGUCCUCGCCUAUAGCUGACCUCUGCAGCGAAUAUGCCCUUAGCGACAGUUAGGACGGUGAUCUAAGAUCUCACUGUUCUCAUGGGCAUGAUCUUAAGUGUUCACAAUGUGAAAGUCUUAGUGAUAUCCUUUGCUCAAUCGCAAAAUGCUUGGCUGAGUCAAAGCUUCCACCUGAAGAAGUGGAAGAUUUUUUGUACACACACAACCAGGCAGCUCAAGCAAUUAAUUCCUGGGAGGCACACCAACUCAGAAGUGUCAGACAAGACACUUCAAGAACUGUGUGCUAGACAAAGCCAAAAUAACAUACCACAGUCUCCUUAAGGACGAUAACAGCAAUGCAAGAGCGUUUGCCCCAAGAGAAACACAGAAGCCGGAUGGUGUCAUCUUAUCUGAGGGUUAGGCGUUAAAAACCGCAAAGAAGUCGGCACGAUUUAAUGAAGCACAAAAAAAGUACCUGGAGGAAAAAUUCAACAUUGAGCAGCGAACAGGUCACAAACAAAACCCUGAGCAUGUGAUGAAAGAUAUGCGUUUUGCGAAAAAAAAAAGAUAG